AAAUUUAGUUUUAAAAUGUUCAACAAAUGUUUAUCAUGUUCGUCCCGUGACCUAAGGUGUGUUUUGGAUUUUGGCCACUUGUGCGAUUGAGUUUAAUUGACACCCCUGCCUUUUUCACUGCUGGAACCACAGAAAGCUCAAUUUGAAAAGGCUAAAUAAUUAAGAAACAAGCCAUUAAAGACUGAGUUUAGAAUACACUUAAAAACGGACAAGCACGUCUUAUUCAGCAGGACAGUUUAUGUUAGUGGCUUGGUUCUACAGUUGCUUUACUAGUCUGUGUUCUUCAUUGGCCUCUGAGAUCAGACUUAAAUCACAGCACUAAUCCUGGCAAACAGUAUUUUUAACUUGCCUUAGGACAGAAAAAGAAGCAAUUGGAUUAGAGUCGAGGAGAAGAGACUGAUUCCUGAACUCAUGCUGCAGAUCUUUCUGCUUAUGGACUGAGAAACUACAUUUUACUUAGCUUGAGCAAACUGAAAGUUUUUGCAGAUUUUUUGUGGCACAUCUGAGCCUUUUUUUUUUUUUUUUUUUUAACUCGACUUCCUCUAAACACUUCUGCUGGAUUAUCUUCUAAAGAGCUGCCACAAUGACGACUAUAAAACCCAAGUUGAGAAUUCUGAAAAAGCGUCGCUCCAGUCUUUUUGCAAGUGUAAAACGGGACCUGAGCUUUUCUCAGAGCAUUGAAGAAGAGGAGUCGGAGUUUCCCUUUUCCCAGGACAGCUCUGUGAAACCAUGGACUUCAAUGGACAACCUCGACACUCCUAUUGAGGAGAAAGAGCAGAAGAAAGAUACUCCAAAUCCAAGGAGGUCCAACAUAGUCAACCUGAAUGUUGGGGGAAAGGUCUUCCACAUCCCCAAGCAUUUGGUGCUCCGAUACCCGUCGACCAGAAUCGGAGUGCUUGCUCUCUGUAACGAUCCAGUGAAGCGGCUGGCACUUUGUGAUGAUUACAAUGUCCAGAACAACGAGUUCUUCUUCGACAGAGACCCCAUGUUUUUCCAUUACAUUUUUCACUUCUACUGUAGCAAUGUGCUCUGGGUAAUGGACAGUCUCUGUCCUGUCAACUUUGAGGAGGAGAUGUCGUUCUGGGGGCUCAAACUGAAGGACACCCCAAGGUGCUGUCGUAUUUUGUUUGAGGAGAAAGUGGAUGAUAUCAGGGACCAGCUGAAGGUCAACCAGGAGCUGAUCGAUGAGAUUAAACCUCACCAAGACGGUGAAGGCUACAAGACCAUGUUUCUUGGAGGCUUUCGAAAAGCCCUCUGGGACCUGAUGGAGAACCCUUACUCCUCGUUGCCCGCCAAAGCCUUUGCUGUGUUUUCCAGUCUCUUUGUUCUCAUCUCCAUAGUCGCCAUGACAAUGAACACAGUCAAGGAACUUAGAGAAUACAAGAUUGCAGGCAAAACUUACAUGGAGUGGAUUGAAAUUUCUUCCAUUCUUUUCUUCACUUUAGAGUAUUUUUUGCGUUUAGUCACCACAUCCAACAUUAAGCAUUUUCUGCGGAGCGCCCUGAACUUUGUUGAUGUGGUGGCUGUUAUGCCAUACUUCCUCCAGAUCGUCUUUGAGACCUUCGUCAUCGAUGCAGAGGAUGCGAGUGCACAGGAGGACCUGAAGGCCAUGUCAAGAGUCAGUAAAGUCAGUAAGGUCCUCAAGGUGGUCAAGCUGAUGCGCAUCUUCCGCAUCCUGAAACUUGCCCGUCACUCCACAGGCAUGAGGGCCUUUGGUUUCACCAUUCGCCAGUGCUCAGAGCAGGUGUGCUGCCUGUUUCUGUUCAUCGCCAUGGGGAUCUUCACCUUCUCUGCACUGAUGCACUCUGUGGAGGUGGACCAGCCCGGGACUCCAUUCAGCAGCAUCCCUGAUGCAUGGUGGUGGGCUGCGGUGAGCAUCUCUACAGUUGGCUAUGGAGACGUCGUCCCCAUCUCCUACCUGGGCCGCUGUGUGGCGUUUGGCUGCAUCUCCUUUGGGAUCAUCCUCAACGGCAUGCCCAUCUCCAUUCUUUUCAACAAGUUCUCAGACUACUACGCUAAACUGAAAGAGCAGGAAUACACAUUUUCAAACACCGAGCGCACAUUCCAGCUAAGGAAGCGUCUGCGGCGCAAGUGUGACAACUGCUUUGAACCGCCGCUGGAGGACUCGGACGAUGAGAUACACUACCGACCUGGUGGGAGGCAGGCCAACCAGGAGUAGGAGAAGCCAAAAAGGCCCGGAGUAAUAAAGCUGUUUCACUGUCUCACCUUUGAACAAGUGGGCAUGAGAGGAGAGCUUCUCUGUGGAAGUGUUGUGUUGUUAAUACUCAGAAACAUUCCUCUCUUUCUGCUCACGCAUGUUAGCCUUCCUGUGUUAGCUUCUUGUUAGCAUACCUUGUGCUAACAGCUCGCUUUCGACUCACAUCUCAAGUUAGCUAUAAAAUAGUUAAACUAUUAUUUAUCAUGCAAUUUCUCCUUGUUUGGCUUCCUUUUCCAUUUAAUCAUUAUUCAGGAUGAUGUAGGUCUGAACCUUUUGAAUUAUUUUUUCUAUUUGAAUUUUAGAAAAAUUGUAAAAUGUUCCUUAAAUAAAAAUGAAUCAUUAAAUAAAAGCUUGUUGUUUUACCUAA